AUGGGCCUAAUGACGAUUUUACGGAAACUGAAACAGAAGGAACGAGAAAUGAGGGUUCUUAUUCUUGGACUGGACAACGCAGGAAAAACAACCAUUGUCAAAAAAUUCAAUGGCGAAGAUAUCUCCACCAUCGCGCCAACCCUUGGCUUCAGCAUACAUACGUUGGAAUACAUGGGUUACAGGCUCAAUGUUUGGGAUGUUGGUGGCCAGCAUUCUCUGCGCUCGUACUGGCGCAACUACUUUGAGACAACCGACGCACUCAUUUGGGUCGUUGAUAGUUCGGAUCGUCUGCGUCUGGAUGACUGUCGUGAGGAGCUAAGCAAACUACUCUUAGAAGAACGCUUGGUUGGGGCAACGCUUCUUGUAUUGGCGAACAAACAGGACCUGCAGGGUGCUCUUAAACCAGCGGAGAUAGCCGAAGCACUAAGUCUUCGAAACAUUUCAACACACCACUGGAGCAUUUUCGGUUGUAGCGCCGUCACCGGAGAAAAUCUCUUGGAAGGUAUCACAUGGCUAGUCAAGGACGUGUCUUCUCGCAUUUUUUUCGCCGAAUAG